GAACGUGAACAGUUGCAAGUUGUGAAUACAACGCCAGAAGACUAGUGUUGUGAUGCUGCGGAACGCCAAGACGGAUUCCAAAAGAUAGAAGCAACGUUGUGCAGAUCUGAAUAUCUAUCCUAGGGUGUUGAGGCGAAUAACGUUCACCUAGAAGAGAAGCUUCGACUCCGGCCACUCAUCUUGUGUCCGCUCUAUACGUUACCUCGACGGUGUGGCGCAGUGCUUUAAUCCUUGAGAAAAUUAAGGAUACAUCGUUUUCUGUGCUUUCAGUCACCUUCGAGCGACAUAACUUAGUUUGAGCUGUGUCUCGCAUGCAUCUGCAGGAUGUUUCGUUUGCAUUCAUGAGGGAUACAAUCAAUCAUAGAUACAACGCCUGUCCAUGCAGUUAUCCCCGCAGUCCUAGACACGAAAUCCCUUCAGACGGGGAUCCCGGCCGCAUUCAUCGGUCAUAUUGCCACAGGGUCACUCAUCCAGGGUCUCUGAUCAGCGUAGCCUGAGAUAUCCUUGUGGUGUCCAUGAUACCGUAGAGCGUUCUCAUUCUCAAGGUAGCGAAAACGAUCAAGAUGCUCCCACAUCCAGUCUGCGAAAUUGGACUCUGUAUUCCUCGAGGAGAGGGUAGACAUUUACUUACGUCCACGAAUCGGUGAAGUCCUUGAUAUCAAAAUGUAAACUCCAGUGGCUGGCUGGACUCAACGACACUGGCUAGCAGGAUUCCAUCAUGGCAGAUAGUGGCAUUCGAUGAAGAACAUCUUCACCCGAUCUCUAAAUCGGGGAUAUUGGAAUGUCACUGAUCCUUAUUCUGCGGUGGAUAUCAUCACUUAUCCAUCUUUCAUCCGGCCGUCAUCAUCUUUUCCCUCCUUUACUUAUAAUGGCUCUUUCAAGAGGUCUACGCCAGCCACCAGACGGCCUCUUUUGCGAACACGUUAGACUCUUCAUGACAUCCGUGCAAGCCACCCCUCAUCUAUCUGUGCUCACCUCGGGUCCACCUCUCGUGGGUGCUUAUCUGGCAUGGGGAUCGGUGGGCAUACUGCUAGUUCAAGUUUAUAUAUAUCAUAUCUUUUUUCCAAGCGAUGCUGUUGGGUACAAAUCUCUAGUCUAUUUCGUCUUCAUCGCAGAAUGCGCGCAAACCUUCCUCCUGUCCGCUGAGGCCUUCGAGAACUAUGUUUAUCUUUUUGGGUCCCCAAAGAGCUGGACCUCCUAUCCCAUCUCAUGGUUGGCCGUUCCGGUCAUUGGAGGUAUCAUCUCUGCAGUCGUGCAACUGAUGUUUGCUUGGUGCCUCUGGUUGCUGUCGAACUCCCGAAUUCUCAUUGGAUUCAUCGUGCCGCUCGCAUUGUGUCAGAGUGCAGCCGCCAUUGCCACUGGGGUCCAGCUGAAGACAAUUCCGGCGAUUGAGGAUCAGAGUAUCGUGGUCCUCUCAAUAACUGUUUGGCUCGCUGGAAGUGCACUAGUCGAUGUAGUAAUUGCAGUGUCUAUGACUAUUUAUUUGAUCAAAGCCAAAAGUGGUCUUCGACGAACUGACGCCCUUGUCAACCGACUCAUUCGGUUGGUUGUCGAGACUGGCACAAUUACAGCGAGUUUCGCGAUUGUUGACCUCGUGCUGUUCCUUACGCUUCCCGCUACACUUGUUCAUGCUACUGUCGGUGCAAUGCUUACGAAACUGUACUCAAACUGCCUUCUUGUGGGGCUCAACAACCGUGCCUUGGUGUCACAGGGUAAUACCCUUGUUAUCGACUCAACACAACCAUUUUCUUCUGAUGGAGGCUCCACCACACGGCUCGGUCGCCGUGGGCCAAAAGAGAGUACUGUGCGGGUAGACGUCUUUCAGGAAACCACUUCGGAUCAUAACAUUGAACUACAAGAGAUGCAGAAGUCAUUUCCGAAGGGUCUGCGCCGAUCAGCCUUCUGUGACGAGUCUCCAGCUUGAAAUGAUGUGAUCUCUAUCUCUUCAACUCGGAUUUUCUUCGAGCAUCCUUGUGUCUAUAAUUCUGCUCCUUCGCCAGACUUCCUCUUAUCCUUGUCAAAUAGUACGAUGCAGAUAUGGUAGUGGAUGGAUCUUAAAGUAAAUAAAAAUGACAAAUGACUUUAGACCUUGUUCAAAA